AUGCAUACUGGGGAGAAACCCUACAAAUGUAAAGAGUGUGGAAAAGCUUUCAUGUCUUCCUCAGGACUUGUUAGGCAUAAGAGAAUGCAUACUGGGGAGAAACCCUACAAAUGUAAAGAGUGUGGCAAAGUCUUCACUGCUUCCUCAAGUCUUUAUGUGCAUCAUAGAACACAUACAGGAGAGAAACCUUACAAAUGUGAACACUGUGGAAAGGCCUUUAUUUAUUCCUCAAAAUUUUAUAUUCAUCAGAGAAUCCAUACUGGAGAGAAACCCUACAAAUGUAAAGAGUGUGGCAAAGCCUUCACUUUUCCCUCAAGCCUUUAUAUACAUUAUAUAAUACAUACAGGAGAGAAACCUCACAAAUGUGAACAUUGUGGAAAGGCCUUUAUUUAUUUCUCACAACUUGUUAUUCAUCGGAGAAUCCAUACCAGUGAAAAGCCCUACAAAUGCAAAGACUGUGGCAAAGCUUUUAUUUCUUCCUGGAGACUUCUUGGGCAUAAGAGAAUCCAUACUGGAGAGAAACCCUACAAUUGUAAAGAGUGUGGCAAAGCCUUUGUCUCUUCCUCAGGUCUUCUUCAGCAUCAGAGAAUCCAUACUGGAGAGAAACCCUACAAUUGUAAAGAGUGUGGCAAAGCCUUUGUCUCUUCCUCAGGUCUUCUUCAGCAUCAGAGAAUCCAUACUGGAGAGAAACCCUACAAUUGUAAAGAGUGUGGCAAAGCCUUUGUUUCUUCCUCAGUACUUCUUAGACAUCAGAGAAUCCAUACUGGAGAGAAACCCUACAAUUGUAAAGAGUGUGGCAAAGCCUAUGUUUCUUCCUCAGUACUUCUUAGACAUCAGAGAAUCCAUACUGGAGAGAAACCCUAUCAAUGUACAGAGUGUGGCAAAGCCUUCAUGUCUUCCUCAGGAUUUCUUGGGCAUAAGAGAAUCCAUACUGGAGAGAAACCUUACAAUUGUAAAGAGUGUGGCAAAGCCUUCACUUUUCCCUCAAGCCUUUAUAUGCAUCACAGAAUACAUACAGGAGAGAAACCUCACAAAUGUGAACAUUGUGGAAAGGCCUUUAUUUAUUCCUCACAACUUGUUACUCAUCAGAGAAUCCAUACCAGUAAAAAGCCCUACAAAUGUAAAGACUGUGGCAAAGCUUUUAUUUAUUCCUCAGGUCUUCUUCAGCAUAAGAGAAUCCAUACUGGAGAGAAACCCUACAAUUGUAAAGACUGUGGCAAAGCCUAUGUUUCUUCCUCAGUACUUCUUAGACAUCAGAAAAUCCAUACUGGAGAGAAACCCUAUCAAUGUACAGAGUGUGGCAAAGCCUUCAUGUCUUCCUCAGGAUUUCUUGGGCAUAAGAGAAUCCAUACUGGAGAGAAACCUUACAAUUGUAAAGAGUGUGGCAAAGCCUUCACUUUUCCCUCAAGCCUUUAUGUGCAUCACAGAAUACAUACAGGGGAGAAACCUUACAAAUGUGAACAUUGUGGAAAGGCCUUUACUUAUUCUUCACAACUUGUUAUUCAUCAGAGAAUUCAUACUGGAGAGAAACCCUACAAAUGCAAAGAGUGUGGCCAAGCCUUCAUUUCUUCCUUAAGACUUCUGAGGCAUCAGAGAAUUCAUACUGGAUAG